AUGAACGAGGUGUCUGUCAUCAAAGAAGGCUGGCUCCACAAGCGCGGUGAAUACAUCAAGACCUGGCGGCCCCGGUACUUCCUNNNGAAGAGCGACGGCUCCUUCAUUGGAUAUAAGGAGCGGCCCGAGGCCCCCGACCAGACCCUGCCCCCCUUAAACAACUUCUCUGUUGCAGAAUGCCAGCUGAUGAAGACCGAGAGACCGCGGCCCAACACCUUCGUCAUACGCUGCCUGCAGUGGACCACAGUCAUCGAGAGGACCUUCCAUGUAGACUCUCCGGAUGAGAGGCAAGAGUGGAUGCAGGCCAUCCAGAUGGUUGCCAACAGCCUCAAGCAGCGGGGCCCAGGUGAGGAUCCCAUGGACUACAAGUGUGGCUCCCCCAGCGACUCUUCUGCAGCCGAGGAGAUGGAAGUGGCAGUUAGCAAGGCGCGGGCCAAGACCAUGAAUGACUUCGACUAUCUCAAGCUCCUGGGCAAGGGCACCUUUGGCAAAGUCAUCCUGGUGCGGGAGAAGGCCAGUGGCCGCUACUAUGCCAUGAAGAUCUUGCGGAAGGAGGUUAUCAUCGCUAAGGAUGAAGUCGCCCACACGGUCACCGAGAGCCGGGUCCUCCAGAACACCAGGCACCCGUUCCUCACUGCACUGAAGUAUGCCUUCCAGACCCACGACCGCCUGUGCUUCGUGAUGGAGUACGCCAACGGUGGCGAGCUGUUCUUCCACCUGUCCCGGGAACGCGUCUUCACGGAGGAGCGGGCCCGCUUUUAUGGUGCGGAGAUCGUCUCAGCCCUGGAGUACCUGCACUCGCGGGACGUGGUGUACCGUGACAUCAAGCUGGAAAACCUCAUGCUGGACAAAGAUGGCCACAUCAAGAUCACUGACUUCGGCCUGUGCAAAGAGGGCGUCAGUGACGGGGCCACCAUGAAAACCUUCUGUGGGACCCCUGAAUACCUGGCGCCCGAGGUGCUGGAGGACAACGACUACGGCCGGGCGGUGGACUGGUGGGGGCUGGGCGUGGUCAUGUACGAGAUGAUGUGCGGCCGCCUGCCCUUCUACAACCAGGACCACGAGCGCCUCUUCGAGCUCAUCCUUAUGGAGGAGAUCCGCUUCCCGCGAACGCUCAGCCCUGAGGCCAAGUCCCUGCUUGCUGGGCUGCUUAAGAAGGACCCCAAGCAGAGGCUCGGCGGGGGGCCCAGUGAUGCCGCGGAGGUCAUGGAGCACAGGUUCUUCCUCAGUAUCAACUGGCAGGACGUGGUGCAGAAGAAGCUCCUGCCACCCUUCAAACCUCAGGUCACAUCUGAGGUUGACACAAGGUACUUUGACGACGAGUUCACCGCCCAGUCCAUCACAAUCACACCCCCGGACCGCUGUGAGUAUGACAGCCUGGGCUCACUCGAACUGGACCAGCGGACCCACUUCCCCCAGUUCUCCUAUUCGGCCAGCAUCCGAGAGUGA